UAUUCCUUGCGUCCACCAAUAAUAAAACUAUGAGUUCUUGUGUCGAACACAAACUCUAAUAAAGAAAAUGAGUUCCUCUGACUCUUCUUCCGCGGAGUCUCGUCUAGCCACGGCUAAGACGGUUCUCACAACCGCGGCCUCCGUGGCUGCAACCGCAAUGCUGGCUAAAUCACUAGUCCAAGACUAUUUGCCUGACGAGGUGCACCAAUACAUUUCCUAUGGUUUCCGCAUCUUCUUUGGUUACUUCUCAUCCCAAAUGACAAUAAUCAUCGAAGAGUUUGAAGGGUUUGUCCACAACGAAGUCUUCGAGGCCGCCCAGGCCUAUCUAGCCACCAAGAUCUCUCCUUCUAACAAAAGAAUCAAAGUGAGUAAACACGAAAAAGAAAACAACUACAACGUCACCGUGGAACGUGACGAGGAAGUUAUAGACACCUUCAACGGCGUCAAGUUCAGAUGGGUCCUCCAUUGCCACCAGGUUGAGUCCAAGAACUUCCACAACCCGCGGGAUCUAAACUCUACACUCAAAUCCGAAGUACGAUCAUUCGAGCUCAGCUUCCACAAGAAGUUCAAGAACAUGGCUCUUGAGUCUUACUUACCCUUCAUGGUCAAAAGAGCCACGUUGGUGAAGCAAGAGAAGAAAACUCUCAAGAUCUACACUCUUGACCCGGAGAACAUGUAUGGGACUUACUCUGACGCUUGGACCUCUGUGAUUCUUGACCAUCCUUCGACGUUCAAAACGUUAGCAAUGGAUUCAGAUGCCAAGAGAAGUGUAAUGGGAGAUCUUGACCAGUUUGUGCAGAGAAGGGAUUUCUAUAAAAGAGUUGGUAAAGCUUGGAAGAGAGGUUACUUGUUGUACGGUCCACCAGGUACAGGGAAGUCAAGUUUGAUAGCAGCUAUGGCUAAUUAUCUCAACUUUGAUAUAUAUGACUUAGAGUUAAGUGCGGUGAACAACAACUCUGAGCUCCGGAGAUUGCUGAUUGCUACUGCUAACCGCUCUAUUCUUGUUGUGGAAGAUAUCGAUUGUUCUAUCGAGUUGAAAGAUAGAACAACUGAUGAAGCUAAUAAGGAAUCAGAUGACGGUUAUGACACACGAUACAAAAAGGUGACACUCUCUGGACUGCUAAAUUUCAUAGAUGGUCUAUGGUCAAGUUGUGGCGACGAAAGGAUUAUAGUAUUCACAACGAACUACAAAGAGAAACUUGAUGCAGCGCUGUUGAGGCCAGGACGUAUGGACAUGCACAUUCACAUGUCGUAUUGCACGCCGAGUGCUUUCAAAGCUCUUGUUUUAAACUAUUUAGAGAUCAAUGAGCAUAAGCUUUUCAGGAAGAUCGAGGAAGGUAUCGAGGCGACACAGGUUAGUCCAGCAGAGAUAGCUGAACAACUCAUGAGGAAUGAGAAUGUUGAUAGGAUUCUUGAGGGUUUGAUUGAGUUCUUGAAAGUCAAAAAGAUCGAAAAUGAAGAAGAUGAGGCUAGGAAGGAAGAGCAAGAAUUGGAGAACAAGGGCAAGGCCACCCAGGGCAAAGACUUGGAGGUCAAGAAAAACGUAGAGGUUGAUGAACAGCUUAUUAGAAGCCAGUGA